AUGUCCAUCGCUCUCGGAUGCGCGCGCACGGAAACGCGAGCGUCGACGUCGACGUCUUCGCGCGAGGCCCCGAUGCGUCGUUCGAGCGCUCGUUUCCGAGCCAAGUCGAGGCGACGUCUUCGCUCGCUCCCGGACCUCGACCUCGACGCUUUGCUUCCGCCCGAGAUCGACGGCGAUUUGGAGAGCCUACAGCGCGAGGCCGGGGCCGUCUUCGGCGAAGAUGGUUAUGCGUUGCGAUUCGGUGACGUUCAGGAAGAGAUUUCUGCCAUCAAGACGAGCGCCGCGGUGGUUGACAGGAGCGAUUGGGGAUUGUUCCGCUCGGCGGGCAGCGACGCGCUCGGCGCGCUGAAGGCGAUCGCGAGCGAGGGCGACGUCGACGAUCUCGGUGUCGCGGGAGAGGGAAUGGAGAUUACUCUGGUGUGUACCGGGGAGCGAGCGCAGGUGUACUUCCAGAGCGAGGGUUUCUUGGUCAUCGUCCCGCCUUCAGCGGCGGACGCCGUCGCCGACGCGCUCGAGUCCUUCCCAGACCAACAAACGAUGGAGUUGAACGAUAAGUGCGCUUUUCUCACCGUUCUCGGUCCUCGUAUCGAUGAAUUUCUAUCGAAGACUGGUCUCGUCGACGUGUUGAGUCGCGACUUGUGUGCGCACCAGGUGUUUGGAUUCGCCAACCGGCCCGUCAUCGCCGCCCGCUCGAGCGAACACGACGUCCCGGCGGCAAACUUGAUCGUCGAUGAAUCCAUCGCCGGUGAAGUGUGGGCGACGAUUUCUCGCACCGGCGUCGUCCCGUGUGGAUCGGAGGCCUCGGACGCGAUUUUAAUCGACCUCGGCCGUCGUUUUGAGUGA